GCCAUUGAUGGUUUUUAUGACUAGUAUUAUCAUGUUCUGAACUUUGAAGAAGCUAAUUUUAAAAAACAGUUUAAGUUUGAUUUUUCUUGUGUUUAAUUAGGCAACAAUGAAACCCUCAAUGGACUUGGACGAGGAAGAAGAAUUAGGACUAUAUCAGAAGAAACUGAGAGAGAGAGCCAAUCGCAGUAUUCAGCAGUUGAGCAGUAUGCUGGCGAACCACAGCUCAGACGCUGAAGCCUUGGAGCAGGGCAGCAGUCCGAGCUGUCAGUCAGAGGGCCCGUGGCCGUCCGUGCAGCAGAGUGAAGCAGUCAGUCAGCUGCGCUCCUUGCUGCAGCAGCGGCCGAGGGAAGCACAAGUUCAGUCCCUUUCCCCUUCAAAGAGGAAGUCUUCUCCAAAGAGGCACACAGAUGAAGACAGUAGCAGCUUGCCUGCAGUUCAGGACCUGGUUCCCAUCAUUCACAACCAAUCAGAGUACAUCCAGCAUCUUGAAGCUGAGGUCAAGUUCUGUAAGGAAGAGCUUCUUGUGAUGAAGCAAAGAGUCAGAGUGGUGGUUGUGGAGAAUGAGAAACUUCAUGAAGAGCUUAAGGCAAAGAUGGUGGAAGACACUCUGAAGGAAUACACCCUCGUGGAUAGCACGGUAAAUGAAGAAACCACAGUAGAUAAAAUUACAUCGACACCGACACCGAAACCAAGGCAGUCUUUCAUUCACCAAAAUGAGGACAAGUGGGAAAAAGAGCUGGAGCAGCUGAAGUGUCUCUACCAAGCCCAGACUGAGACUUUGGAAGCUCAGGUGGUUUCACUGAAGAAGGACCUGGUGAGCUGUCAGAAAGAGUGUGAGGAGGUGAAACAGCGUCUGAGGCAUAAGGAAGCGUUGGCAGCUAUGGUGGGCAGUGGUCAGCGUGUUGGGGGCUUGUGUGUGAAGUGUGCCCAGCACGAGGCUGUGCUCGCAGAAACCCACUCCAACGUUCAUGUUCAGGCCAUUGAGAGGCUCACCAAAGAGCGAGACGAGUUAAUGACAGUGCUUUGCUCCCUGAGGGCAGCUCAGAGUGAGGCGCAGCAGAGGGAGUGGUCUGCCUACCAGCAGGUCAAGCAGGCUGUGGAGAUGUCAGAGGAAGCCAACCUGGAGAAGACCAAGGCACUAGUGCAGUGUGAGCACAUCCAGGCUGAGCUGGCAAGACAGAGGGAGAGGCUGGAGAAGACGCUGGCCUCAGAGCAGGAGAAGAUCUCCCAAGCCAGGACCAUAGCACAGGCCGAGGGCAAGAGAGAGAAAGAGAAGCUCGCUCAGGCGGUGAGCUCUCUGACUCAGAGAGCGGCUGAGCUAGAGGGACUUGUGGGCCGAGGGGAGAGGGAGAGGAACUCCCUCAACACCCAGCUGGAAGAGGCCUUUAGGAAGCUCACCUCUCAGGAAGCUGACAGUAGCAAGGUGUGUGGAGAGCUGCGAUACCAGUUAAGCCAGGCCCAGCUUAAGAGAGAAGAGGCCGAGAGGGAGGCGCGGGACUCCAGUGCCAAACUGGGCCGGCGGCUCGAACUGACAGAACAGGAAGUGCAGAAGCUGGGUGCGGAGCUGAGCGGCAGCCGGCAGCGUUUGGAGGAGGCCCAGAGGGCGGAGGGCCGAGCCCGGGCGGAGGCAGCAGGCCUGGCCGAGGGUCUGAGCCGCGCCCAGCGCCAACUGCACCUCACCAGGCAGGAGAAGGAGACAGCAGAGCGCCGUUGCGCGGAGGACACGGCCGCUCUGACCUUCCAGGCACAGCGGCGCGAGCGCGAGCUGACACAGACGCUCGGGCAAAUGGAGGCACAGCACGAGCAGAGUGUUGCAGAAACGGAUGCCUUGCUGAGCUCUCAGAAGGGCCUGAUUGGGAAGCUGAAGGAAGAGUGUCGAUGUCUUGGCUCAGAGCUGGAGGAGCUGACCCUCGCUAACAGGGUAGAGGUGGAACAGUUGUCCUUGGAGAAGCAGCACCUGCAGGACAGUGUGGAGAAGCUUCAAGGCCGCUGUCAAGAGAUGGAGGAGCAGUGUGUGCAGCAUGGGAGAAUGCAUCAGCGCAUGAAACACAGGCUGCAGCAGCUGGACCAGCAGUGCCAGUCUAGCGCUCAGCAGGUGGUGGCGCUGCUCAGCAGGCAGAACCAGCUCGUGCAGGACAGGCAGAUCCUCAGCCAGGAGAUGCAGAACCUCCACGUCCAGUUACCACUUGAGAAGAAAGAUGAUCUUCUAACACUGUGAGCUUGGUACCCUCACAGUUGGGCGAACCGCCUUUGAAGUUGAUCUGAUCACCGACAGACCACCGCUAAUACUGAUUUGCUCUGAUAAAUCAUGUCAAAUGUUGUUGGUAUGAAGUGGGUGAGUGUGCGUUAGUGAGUGAGAGUUUGUGCGUGUGAUGGCUGCAGGGGUCCGUGUGACAUCACAGUCCAUACUGGGGACCCAGCAGCAGUGCUGGCUCUGUGUCAAACACACAACACGCACAUACCACACCUUCUGCAGUCCCUGGAUUUGGGUAAUUACUUCCAUGACUAUUCACUGUGUUUUAUUGCAAUGGAUUUAGUUGUGUGUGUGUGUGUGUGUGUGUGUGUG